AUGCAGCAAGAACGCAGCAAUGCUGGCCGUCGUAAGAGGGUGUCAAACGCCUGCCAACGAUGCCGCCAGCUCAAGGUCAAGUGCUCGGGAACCCAACCCUGCAGAGCCUGCACCCACAAGGGCUGCAGAUGCGAUUUUGUGUCUGACGACCGAAACAUUCUUGUCUCUGAAAGGUCGCAACCCUCUCCUCAUGAUAGCUUUCUUUGCUUACAAGACUCUAGAUCUCUCGUCAACCUUCGCAAGAGGCUUGACAACAUCGAGAGAAAUCGUCAGGCUCCUGCUUCUCCCCAAGACUCUGACCCAAGCCCCCCUACCUUGGACCAAUCCAGUCCGCUGUGCCUUCCCCAAGCCAGUCGUUUACAGGAGUGCGUACGGGCCCAUCACUCAGAUGAGGCGUUGUCGCAACCUUUGACGGAAACUACUCAGGAUGUCGGCGCCACCGACCAGACUGUGUCGUCUCCCGACGACGCCAGCCCCGAGGACGCUGACGUGUCCAACCCCCUUGUGCCUGACCAGCCGAGCUACAUGUCGGACUAUUCAGGGAGACUGAGGUACUUGGGACACUCGUCGACGUGGUCCUUUAGUUACCAAGUCCUUCAGAUGGCUUCCCAAAGCGCUGGGCUGUUGAGUUCUCCCUCGGCCUCAAUGCAAAUGCACGUGGAUGGCCAAAUCUACGACGUCAUCCCGGAGCGCCAGAUAGAACUCAGCCCUGCCGACAUAGCCCAUCUUCCUUCGUUGGAGCUCGCCAUGUAUUAUCUCCAAAGCACCAAAUUCAGGACUUACCCUCUCUUCUAUCUUUUUGAAGAGACAGAGUUUAUGCAAAACAUCCAAAGCUUCUACCAGAAUCCUUCCGAGUUUGCCAGAAUGAAUAGCCUCUGGUAUGUGCACUUCCUCGUCAUCAUGGCUUUUGGCAAAUCAUUCGUCGGGCAACAAGCAACUAUCGGACCCGCAGGCUCAAACCUCUUCUCCCGCGCCUUGAGUCUACUGCCAGACGUUACGUACCUCUCUCGUGAUCCUGUGAAAGCGACCGAAAUCUUCUGUUCUAUUGCGCUCUAUCUUCACUGCGUAGAUCAUCGGGUUGCUGCUCAUUCAUAUAUUGGCCAGGCUGUCAGAAUGGCGCAGUCGCAUGGACUUCACACUGACAUGCAGCCCGUCUUUGUCGGAGACCGACUCGCCUAUCAUGGAUGCCGUCUUUGGUGGACCUUAUACACUCUUGACCGGAAACUCUCGUCCUUGAUGGGCGUACCAAAUGCUAUACUUGACGAGGACAUCACCGCCCCCAUACCUCAAGUCACCGGAAAUGACUCGUCUAUGACUGCUCUAUCGAUCCAUGUCAAGACUUCACAGCUUCUGGGCUCUAUUGCUACCACCGUGUAUGGGCCAAAAGAACGGCUCAACAAGACUUAUUUAUCGACGAUACGCAAGGUCCUCAAAGGCAUCGCCGGGUUGAGUGAUGAACUAGCCUCCUUCUCGUCUCAGUGUUUUGGCGAUGUCUCUCGAGUUGCAGCCCAUCUCAACUUGGGAUAUAGUCAAUGUAUCGUUCUCACUACGAGACCAAUAUUGUUUCAUCUAUACAAACAUAAGGUCGAAACCCUACAUGCGCCCGGAGAAUUCACCCUUUUGCCUUCGAUCAGGGAGCUCAUCCAGGUCCUAACUAAUUCCGCCGUACAUGUGGCGAAUAUCCUAUCCCAGCUAAAGAAGCACAGUCUUCUAGAUAUCCUCUUGCCUUUUGACCUCGAAAGUGCCUACUCGGCUGCUUUCGUCCUGAUAACUGCCUGCGCAGUUGACGCCAAACAUCCCUUGCACGAGGUAUCUCUUGCCGCUUUGCUCGAGAUUUUCGACGCAAUGAUCUUGGCAGGAAGCCUUGCAGCAAGUUCACGGAAGGCCGAGGUAGAAGAGCUGGCUUUUUCACUACAAAGGCAGCUCCACAAGGAUGGCAGCGAAAACGACGUUACAGAGCCAACGGUUCCGAACCAGACGUCUGAUGCCACGUUUGUUGGCCAGUUUGGCCUGCCCAGUCCGGGUGGGACAUUCUUUGAGGGAUGGAGCCCUGGAAAUCUGGGUCCAGACUCUCGAAUUGGAGACUUGGCGGAUUCGCUCACGAUGAACGAACUUGAUGACUUGUGGGCAUAA